AUGGUCUGCGGUCGAGAGGGCGACGCUGGCGGCUCUGGGCUGGGCUGGCGCGACCAUGGCCGGACCAAGGAGUUUGGCUCUCCUGGGGGCCUGGCGGGGAGCGCGCUUUCCCGCGGCAGCGCAGAUGGCGGCUCCGGGCGCAGGGCCGGGGCCGGGGGCGUCCCCGGGGCCGGAGGCGGCCCUGCAGAAGCUCGCGCUGCGGCGGAAGAAGGUGCUGAGCGCCGAGGAGAUGGAGCUGUACGAGCUGGCGCAGGCGGCGGGCGGCGCCAUGGACCCCGAUGUGUUCACAAGAUCCUGCUUGACCUGCUGAAGCUGAACGUGGCGCCCCUCGCCGUCUUCCAGAUGCUCAAGUCCAUGUGUGCCGGGCAGAGGCUGCCGAGCGAGUCCCAGGCCCCCGCGGCCGUGUCACUGCCCACAUCGAGCGCGCCUGAGACGAGAGCAACAGCGCCGGCAGGACACCUUUCAGGUUCCCAUGGUGCCCCUGAUUCCAGCAGCGAGUAUCCUCCUCAACGUCUUCCUCAUGCUGCAUCUGAGCUAUCUGAACUGGCUGCACUUCUCCGUCUGGCUGCUGAUUGGACUUGUGGUGUAUUUUGUCUACGGCAUCUGGCACAGCAAGGAGAACCAGCGGGAGCUGCCGGGGUUGACUGCCACACAUGGCAGCCUAGAGGAGACAGUGCAGGCCCUGCAGCCCCUCGGCCAGGCCCCUGCCCAUGAGCCUGGCCACAUGGAGCAGCCUGCCAGUCUAUGAGGACCGCUGGGGGCCUGCCUGCCCUCCCCUACCUCCUCAGGAGGCUGGGGGUGGGUGGCAGCCCCUUCUAUCCGGGGCAGCUCGGGUUUGCAGGCCUGUCCAUGCCAAAGGGUCCUCAGGACCUCAGACCUUAGCCCAGAUGCUGAACUUCGAGUCUUUGGGAGUGGGCCACGGCCACUUCUGGUGGUGGACUCUGCCCAGCACCUUCCAGGUUAUGACCAACUCCAGCUACCUGAGCAGGUGGAGUAGGGUGGGCAGGGAAGAGGCCUGCAGCUCUAGGCACCCAAAGUAAUAACUGCUCAGCCACCCACAUGGCCUGCUGCUGUGUCCACUGUGGCAUCUUUUGUGGCACUGAGUCCUCACCUGACUCCGGGAACCAGGUGAUUGUUCCCAAUCCACUGCAAAUGUACCGAGGUUCUAUAAGGGGGAAGCACCAGUACAGGGAGAGCUCAGAGUUUGGGACAUGGCCAGGCCUGUGACCCAGGGUCCUGCCCUCAAGGCAGUGCCACUGGCCAAGCUCAGAGGGGACCUAACACACACCAGACACAGAUGGGUCCAUGACAGGGAAGGGGCAGGCUCCCCACAUGUCCCCUUGGGAGUGGAUCCAGAGAGCAGAGCCUAGACCCCAAGAAGGCUGCCUAGAAAGGGCAGCGGAGUUCUGGGGUUCCAUGAGUUUCCCAGGGCUUCUAGACUGCAGAGCGUGUGCCUCAGGCCCCGGGAUGUAGAGCCCCACCUGCCCAGGUACAUGCAUACUUAGGCACAGGCCCACAUGGCCCACACGACUCCCCUGGGGGGGAAAACCCCCAUGCAGACUAAGGCAACAGCUAUUUUCAAGCUCAGGGCCUGCAGCUCCAGCUGCCUCUCUCCCUGCCACCCCAUCAGAGCUUUGUGAUAACAGCUCGGGGUGGGACACACACGUGCAGGUGGGUGCACGAGCGCCUGGGCCCCACCUAGUGGCUGUGGAGCCUGAUCCUGGGGGGUCCCCAGGCCCACCCUGCACCCUCACUGGUCUCUCCAAGGCCAUGCUACAUCUACCGUAGA